CUCCGCGGGCCGCAGUGCAUCAUGCUCCGUGACCCUUGCCGCCUCUUCAGGGUUUCCGUGGCACCCGUCGCGGCCCUGGCUGUGGCGCUGGUCUCGUCGCUCUCUCGCUGCUCCCUCCUGGAGCCAGAGAACUGCGUGGUCUCGCCGCUCAGCCCCUACUUCGGCACCAAGACUCGCUACGAGGAUGCCAACCCCGGGCUGCUGCCGGACCCCGAGGCGCCACGGCGGGACCCACAACUGCUGGAGGAGACCUGCACCCCGGUACAGCUGGUCGCCCUCAUCCGCCACGGCACCCGCUACCCGACCACCAAACAGAUCCGCAAGCUGCGGCAGCUGCACGGACUGCUGCAGGCCCGCGGGCCCGGGGAUGACCGGAUCCGCGCUGCCGGCGGCGGCGACCUGGGCGCUGUGCUGGCCAACUGGCCGCUGUGGUACGCGGACUGGAUGGACGGGCAGCUGGUGGAGAAGGGGCGGCAGGACAUGCGACAGCUGGCCCUGCGCCUGGCCUCCCUUUUCCCGGUCCUCUUCAGCCGAGAAAACUGCGGCCGCCUGCAGCUAGUCACCAGCUCCAAGCACCGCUGCAUGGACAGCGGCGCCGCCUUCCUGCAGGGACUGUGGCAGCACUACCACCCUGGGUUACCGCCGCCCGACGUCGCAGACAUGGAGUGUGGACCUCCAAGAAUUAAUGAUAAAUUAAUGAGGUUCUUUGAUCAUUGUGAGAAGUUUUUAACUCAAGUGGAAAGGAAUGCUACGGCUCUUUAUCAUGUAGAAGCCUUCAAAACUGGACCAGAAAUGCAGAACAUUUUAAAAAAAGUUGCAGGUAUUUUGCAAGUGCCAGUCAACAACUUAAAUGCAGAUUUAAUUCAGGUAGCUUUUUUCACCUGUUCAUUUGACCUGGCAAUUAAAGGUGUUAAAUCUCCUUGGUGUGAUGUUUUUGACAUAGAUGAUGCAAAGGUUUUAGAAUACUUAAAUGAUCUGAAACAAUAUUGGAAAAGAGGAUAUGGGUAUACGAUUAAUAGUCAAUCCAGCUGCACCCUGUUUCAGGAUAUCUUUCAGCACUUGGACAAAGCAGUUGAACAGAAACAAAGUUCUCAACCAGUUUCCUCUCCAGUCAUCCUUCAGUUUGGUCAUGCAGAGACCCUUCUUCCACUGCUUUCUCUCAUGGGCUACUUCAAAGACAAGGAGCCCCUAACAGCUUACAAUUACAAGGAGCAAAUGCAUCGGAAGUUCCGAAGUGGUCACAUUGUACCCUAUGCCUCAAACCUAAUAUUUGUGCUUUACCAUUGUAAAAAUGCUAAGACUCCUAAGGAAGAAUUCCAAGUGCAGAUGUUACUGAAUGAAAAGGUGUUACCAUUGGCUCACUCCCAAGAAACUGUUUCUUUGUAUGAAGAUCUGAAGAACCACUACAAGGACAUCCUUCAGAGUUGUCACACCAGUGAAGAAUGUGAACUACCAAAGGUGAACACAUCUGAUGAGCUAUGAGUAACUGGAAAACAUUUUUAAUUCAUCAGAAAUCUCCAGGGAGUGAUCCCAUGCUUGGAAUAGGUGGGCAGUCCCUGGCUACAGCAAGCUUUAACAUUACUUGGGUAUUUCUGUCUUUUCAAAGAAAAACGUUUCUUUUUGAGUCUGGACAUGGAUGUGUAAGAAAUGAUUCUUCACUGGAGCAGCUCUCUUAAAGGAAAAAGAUCUAUUCAAAAAGAUAACUGGCACCACAAACAUUUACAGAAGUUAAAUAUUUAUGUACGAAAACUCACACUAAGAUAGAAUGUGAUUUCAGGAUGAUACUUGAAAGUUGGAGUAACAAAAUAUUAUGUCAGUUGGACAAUCCAUAACUUGAUUGGACUAAGUCUAGGAACUUUGCCAGUUGUGCUGCAGUUCUUUCUCUUUUCCUCAGGUAGCACAGUUCUGGUAUCAUCUUUCUUAAUCAGAACUAUUAUGAUUCACUGGGAGUAUCGCUUUGAAAGAAAGCUAACAUCUCUCUAGUUGAGAAUUCGAAAUGAUAUUAAUAAGCAGAGUCUGAUUUAAAAGAACACCUUCACUGAAGGAAGACAAAAAUAUAAUAAAUAUCUUUGCUAGUAGUAUUUAUAAAGUAUUUGAACACUGUUUCAAUAAUUCCUUUUAACCUCCUAGUAAGUCUUGCAAAGCCAUUCUUUAAUUAUUAUCAUUCCUGUUUCACAUAUGUAACAGUGGAAGAACAAAGAGGACCAUUAGCAACAAGACAGAAGAAUAGAAUCAAAGUUUCUUAAAUCUAUUGCUUAGCAUUUUUUUAAAAAAUUUUGUCAUUUUUGCUUGUAUUUUUAUAUUUUACUAUUAUGUGAAAUAUAUCUUUUGAUGGUUUAAUUUCCUUUUUGUUCAUUUCUGUAAAGAAAGACUUCCUACUGGUGGGCUUAGUUUCACAGAUAUGAACCCAUUUCAAAGAAAUGGUUCUGAGUUCUGUCAAAUGCCAGGAAAAUGUUUGCUAUAAUAAUAAACAAUUCCUGUGACUUUACUACCAGGUCUUUUCUACUCUCCGUAUUGAUACACAAUCAGUAACUGAUGGUAACAGGCUAGCAUUUCAAGCAGCUUUGACUAAAUCAGGCAGUAUAAGGAAAUUUUUUUCUAAUAAAAGUUUCCUCAGAUUUUCACUUAUUAGAGAAAAAUUGAAAUCUGUUUUAUUAAAAAUCUAAAUAAAAAGUGAUACAACUAUAUAUUGAAGGUAUAAAAGAAGAUGCAUAGAUCAUUGGUCUGUAGAUCAUUGAUCUUCAAAUGAAUGAUAUUCAUAAAAUAGAUGAUUAGCUGAUAAAUACUACUGAUACAUCAAUACACUGCUGAUUGUUCCUGCAAAGGUCUGGUAUUAAUCUUUUUCUUUUUUUAAAUUUGUAAUUAGGCAGACAAGAAGAGAACAGUAUAAUGAGCAUUCAUGCCCAUCAUACUGUUUUAUCAAAAUUAACAUUAUAUCAUUCGGUUUAGAUCCAAAUAAGAAGAAUUGAGGACUUUUGUAUGCCUCCCUGGUGCUUUUGCCCUCGCUCCCUUCUUAGAGGUAGCCACCAACAUGAAGUUCAGUAUUUACCACUCCAUUGCAUGCUUGACUCUGAAAACUUGUAGUAUUGUUGUGGGAAUUUAAAAUUUUCUGUGAAUGGACUUAUACUGUGCGUAUCAUUCUUGAAUAAUUGAUUUCUUUUAAUUGCUAUAUUUGUUCUUCAAAACUUCUUGAUCCUGAUCAUUUGUCUUAAAUUAACACCAUCAGUUCAUCAAUACCUAUUGUGUA